GGCUGAACUGCUGUCAACAUCACAAAUGCAAGAGGCACAGCAAGCUGAGAUCCAGCACACGCAACAUCAGCGCUGAUUCAGACAUUCUCUGUGAAGAGCGAGAAUCCAACUGAUCAGAUGAGAGAGGGGACAGAUCCUGAGAUGAGCAUGUCAGUCAGUGGCUACCUCUCUGCAUCAGACACGUAUGACAUCACAGAGUCACAGUACUAUGAUGUUCUUGUGGAUCCACUGAGCUGCUCUUAUCAGGAACCAGAUCUACAAAGCCCUCUCUAUGGCCAGCAGCCAUUCAGCCACGCCAAUGUGCAGUUUUCAAUGUAUGGAGCGCCAAACGCUCAAGCGUGCAACCCGCCGUACCCCUACAGCCAUCAGUGCUCUGAGUUCACCUGUGAGCCAGACAUGGAGGUCCAAAGCCCAACAAGAGGUAGCAUUGUCGGUCUUCCAGUGCUAAAAAGACCCAGGAUGGGCUAUGGAGCUCGGGUGAAGGGCCAGGAUGAGCUGUGUGUGGUGUGUGGAGAUAAAGCUUCAGGAUAUCACUACAAUGCCCUCACCUGUGAGGGAUGCAAAGGUUUCUUCAGACGCAGUGUGACUAAAAAGGCAGUGUACCGCUGCAAGAGUGGUGGAAGCUGCGAGAUGGACAUGUACAUGCGGAGAAAGUGUCAGGACUGCAGACUGCGCAAAUGCAGAGCCGUCGGGAUGCUGGCAGAGUGUCUGCUUACAGAGGUGCAAUGCCAGUCGAAGAGACUGAGGAAGGGCUCCAAGCACAGAGGACACAAUGGGUCAACGGGAAGAGCUGAAGACGACUACUCUGAAAGCAGAAGCGUCUCGUCCACCAGCAGAUUCACCGCUCGGGUAUCUGGUUUCUCCAGAGAGCAGAGAUGCAUUCUGAAUAGAAUUGUUGAGGCUUAUCGUAGGUACAUAAUUCAAGACAACACGCACUGUCGGGUGCCUCUGUGGUCAAGUUUGACAAGCAAUAUAGAUCUGACUCCUCCACAGACGGAGAAGCUUUUGCAAUUUUUGAGGAGCGUACCUGGGUUUGAGCUUUUGGAUGGUUCUGACCAGAACACUCUUCUGUCCAGCUCUUCAGUUGAAGUCAUGUUCCUACUCUUGGCUCAGCAGUUCUCAGAGAACCCCACUAGUGUUAGCAAUGCUUUAUACCCAGCAAAUUCGAAUAACUCAAACCCUGAUUGGGUGAAAACUUUAGAGUCCAAGACUGGGAACAGCCACAGGAUACUGACAUACUCAGGUUUGAAUGAAGAGUUCUUGAGGUCUGUGGUAAAUUUCCUCCACAGCAUGGUGACUAUUGCGGUAACUGAGGCUGAAUAUGCACUUCUAACAGCGACUGCAGUGUUAUGUUCAGACAGGCCGUCUCUGCGUGCGGUGGGUUGCGUUGAGAACUUACAGGAGUUUGUUUUGGAGCUCUUGUCCCGAGCUUGCUGCUGCUGCAGUCAGGGGACGGCACAGGACCCACGACGCUUCGCCAGGCUCCUGGGACGGCUGACAGAGCUGAGAACACUACGACACAACCACCUCACCCUUCUCCCACAGCAGCCCUGGGACAUGCAGCCUUGAGGCAGCCUUUAGGGAGAGAGAUUUAUGACAUCUGAUCUCUGUUGCAAUACACUUUUCAUUUUUGUCCAGAACAAUAUCCCAGGUCAGUGUACUUUUGGUUACCCGUGUGCAAACAUAGUGUAGUUUAAUAAAACAAAUGUAAGCCUCAUGAUGUGACAGUUUCUUAUAUGCAUUAAAUAAAAAUGUUAAUGUUUAA